CACACCCAGAGCUCCACUCGUCAGCUUCUUCUCCCCCCCUCCCUCUGCCAUCCUCUCCCAUGACCUGACUCCUUCCUUCCUUUCUUCCUUCCUUUACCUUCUUCGUUCACUUUUCCCCUUUUCACUGGAUUCCUUCACUGGACUCCCUCACCCUCUUCCUUCACUCCCUCUUCGCUCACCCCUCACACUAUGAGGCUUCUCACACACGCUAGUCUCCUCUUCCUCGCUGCAGGCUCCCUCGCCACAGCAGCGCCCCUCGAUGAUGAUCCCACUCUCCUGCUGCGCGACUGGGCCAGUCUCUCACCUCUCCGACGGCAGCAGCAAGACAACAAUGCCACCGCGGGCUCCUAUACUGGACCCUACGCUUCCGGUGGUGCGUGGACCGAUGCAUACUCUCAAGCAAAGGCGCUCAUUGCACAGAUGACAAUCGAGGAAAAAGUCAACAUCACGACCGGGCACAGUGGACCAUGUGCUGGUAAUAGUGGUGCAGUACCUCGCCUAGGAAUCUCGCCCCUCUGUCUGCAGGACGGCCCAACUGGAGUACGCCCCGCCCGCCGCACCUCCCAAUUCCCUCAAGAGGUGACCAUGGCAGCCGCUUGGGAUCGAGACCUGGCCGCAGAGCGUGCCCAGGGCAUUGCAGAGGAGAUGCACGACAAGGGCGUCAACUUCUGGCUCGGUCCAGUCACAGGCGGACCUCUUGGACGAUCUGCUCUUGCAGGGCGCAACUUCGAAGGUUUCAGCCCGGAUUCCUACCUUAGCGGCGAGAACUCUUUCGCCAGCGUACGGGCAGCACAGGAGGUGGGCGUCGUCACCGUUGCGAAGCAUUUCAUUGCCUAUGAGCAGGAAACCUUCCGCGACGCCUACUCGCCCAAUCAGACCGUCAUUGAUGCGAGUGGGGAGAACUAUCAAAGGGUUCUGAACCAGCUGCCCAUAGACUCUCAACUUGACGAUAGAGCCACGCACGAGGCGUACAUGUGGUCCUUUGCCGAAGCAGUCCGUGCAGGUACGGGGUCGGUGAUGUGCUCCUACAAUCGCGUCAACGACACCCACUCAUGCUCCAACUCUUACGCAAUGAACGAGCUUCUGAAGGGAGAGCUCGGCUUUCAGGGGUCCGUCGUGUCUGACUGGGGAGGCACUUGGUCCACUAUCCAUUCUGCCCUUGCGGGCUUAGAUUUGACAAUGCCUGGUCAGGGCUACGGCGGUAUCUUUGGAGACUUUUUCGACGGCUCUCUCAUCGACGGUGUACAGAAUGGAGCAGUGCCCGAAUCACGACUGGACGACAUGGUGCUGCGCAUCCUUGGACCUGCUAUCCACUUCCAAGGCAACUUCACCGAGUCGUACCCUGCUCCGACCUUCGAUAUCAAUGAUGUCAAUGGCCCGACCAACAACGUACGACGUGACCAUUACAAGGUCAUCGACCGGAUUGGGCAAGAGUCUGUCACCCUACUCAAGAACAACCGAACGCUUGGUAAUCAUUACGGUCUUCCUCUCCGCAACAAGAAAGACAUCUCGUCCAUUGCCAUCUUGGGUGAGGACUCUGGCCCCAAGAUUCAUGGCUACACCUCAUGCGGAGACUUUGGCACAGCCUGUGCUUUCGACACGCCACCUGGGCAGAACGGGACGCUGAGCGCAGGCGGCGGAUCGGGCUGGUCGUAUCCUCCUUAUGUCUCAGAUCUCCUUGCCGCAGUCAGUUUCGAGGCUCGUAGCGGAGGGUUCGACAUUAAUUCUGAUACGGACAGCUACAACUUGGCAGGAGCAGCAGCACAGGCUGCAAAGUCUGAGGUAGCCAUGGUUUCUGUCAACGCCUAUGCGCGUGAGGGCAGCGAUAGGCAGAACCUCACGCUCUUUGGUGGUGGCGAUGCGCUGAUUGAAGCAGUCGCAGCCGUCAACAACAACACCAUCGUUGUCAUUCAUGCUCCUGGGCCAGUGCUUUUGGAAGAAUGGGUGGACCACCCAAACAUUACCUCUGUGCUUUUUGCAUACUACCCCGGUCAAGAAGCCGGCAAUUCUCUCAUCCCGGUCCUCUGGGGUGACGUCUCUCCCUCUGGCCGUCUUCCCUUCACGAUUGCCAAAUCCGCCGACGACUAUCCGGACAUUCAGCGCAACUACUCCCUCGACCCUAGCGUCUACUUUGAAGAGAGUACCGAUAUAGACUACAAGCUCUUUGAGAGACGCGGUGUUGAGCCUCGAUACCACUUUGGGCACGGGCUCAGCUACACUACCUUUUCUUUUGACUCAUUGAGUGUGCAGUACAACUACAGCGCCGAUUCUACCUCGAUGCAGAAGACCAAUGAGCACUUUGACGCCACGUAUGGACAGGGCGACUCGGUGUACGACCAGCUGCUCACCGCAAGCGUCUCGGUGACCAACGAAGGGAGCGUGGCGGCAAAGGCGGUCCCACAGCUGUACGUCACCCUCGACGGUGUGCACAAUCUGCGCGGAUUCGAAAAAGUGCUCAUCCAGCCAGGAGAGACUGUCAAGGUGCACUUCUCCCUCAGAAGGAAAGACGUCAGUCGAUGGAGUGUAAAGAGGCAGGAGUGGUACAUUCCCGAUGGGGACCUCUUGUUCCAAGUGGGCAAGAGUGUAGGACAUUUGAGCACAAAGGCAACUUUUGCCUUUACUGCCAAUCAGUAAGCGAGAUUAGUAAAAAGGACGGACACUCUCUACAUUUCUCUAUGACCUGUAUUCAAGCAUGAACACUAAGUCUGAAAAAAGAAUUUACAAUGAGCAUGGAAACAUU